ACAUGUUAUCAAUGUUAUCAAUUGGAGGAAAUAAAGAUGAGAGGUUGAUUAGAGUAUGCCGCUGCUGCAGACGUUGUUAGUCUCUCAUCAGUUAACAUUUUAAAAUAGACAAUAGAGAACAAACCCACCGGUUCUGCGCGAUCCUCCACGUAUCUAAACCUCUUCCACUCAUCCUCCACGUGUCCAUUUCUUUCCUCUCUUUUAUCUUCCCUCGACACUCAAAACUGUUCACUUGCCACAUUUUCCCGAGCAAAAGAAAACCAAAACGCAUCUUGUCUUCUCAGAAAGGACCUUACGCAAACCCCGAAACCAUGUCUGGAGGUGUCGGUCCGACUUAUAACGACAUAGCCUUGCCAAAAGACGAACACCAUCACGCUGUCGGAAAAACCACCGGAUUCUUUUCGUUCCGGCAACUAAACGUCCUUGCAAUAAUCCUCGUCCUCUCCGCAAGCGGUCUCGUCACAAUAAUAGAUUUUCUAUUCGCACUCCUCACCUUCAUCUACUUCUUCUUCAUCGCCAAAGUAGUCUUCCCUCCACACGAGAAUCCGAACCGAGACGCGCCUCUCACAAGCUCCACCAACAAGUUUUUCCGUUUCUAUGUAGCUUGCGCGGGGAUCGUCGGGCUCUUACUUCCCAUCUGCUACAUCUUCGAAGGACUCCUAGAGGACGAUAAACGCGGUGUGAGCGCAGCUGCUCCGCACGUGUUCCUUCUGGCGAGUCAGGUUUUCAUGGAGGGAUUAGCGGCCACGUUUGGCUUCUCUUCUCCGGCUCGGAUCCUCGUACCGAUCGUUUACAACGCUAGGAGGGUCCUUACUCUCGUGGAGUGGAUUAUGGACGAGUUCUCAAGGGAAUCUCCGGCGUCUGCCACGGGGGUGGGGACGGUUUCGGAGCGGCGUAUGUUUGCCGGGAAAGUUUUGUCGGCGGUGAACUUAGGGGUUUGGUCGUUUAAUCUCUUUGGUGUUCUGAUCCCGGUUUAUCUACCGAGAGCUUUCAAAAGGUAUUACGGCUCCAGCAAGGAGAAUUGAGUCUGGUUAAAAGACCAAUUCCAGCUUUUGUUGUUUAAUUAGUCCGGUUCGGUUGUAGGAUUAACCGUGAUCUAAAAGUGAAUUCAAGGGUUUUGUUGUUCAAUCUCUUUGGUUAUGUGAUACCGGUUUAUCUCCUGGUAGCUUUAGAAUAAUGUAUUAGCCGGUUUAAUCACCCAGCUUUUGUUAUCUUUCCUCUUUUACAAUCUUUUAUGAAUUCAGUUUCAGUGAU